AUGACUGGUAAUCGCUUUACAUGGGAAAAAUGCCGAGGAACCGAUGCAUGGGUUGAAGAAAGGUUGGAUAGAGUGGUUGCAAACUUGGAUUGGACUGACUUAUACAGUGAGGCAUCUGUUCUCAAUAUUCUGACUGCAACUUCCAAUCAUUGUGCUACUUUUCUAAAUCCCGUCCUGAAUCGGCUUCGUGCAUCUAAGAGAACAUUCAAGUUCGAAUCUGCAUGGCUGAGUGAGGAAGGUUGUAAGAACAUUGUUGACUCAUCUUGGCAGCAAUCAGUGAGCUUACAUUUCCAACAACAUAUAACCCUUUGUGGUCAAAACUUGUGGAAUUGGGGUGGGGAUUAUUUUAGACAGUUGGGUAGCCGUAUACAACACCUGAACCAUUUAUUGAAAGUAUUAAACAAAAGUAGAAGGCCAUCGGUUGUGUCACAGUUCUUGCAAGCAGAGAAUGAAUUUGAUGGGUUACUGAGGCAAGAGGAGAUUUUCUGGAAACAAAGAUCCAAGCAAUUGUGGCUAAAACAUGGUGAUUAUAACACUAAAUUUUUCACCAUUUUGCAUCCGUUUGACAUCAUUCAGCCUCGAGUAACUGAGAGUAUGAAUACACAGUUGCUAGAACCUUUUACUAUUGACGAGGUCAAAGCAACUCUUUUUGAUAUGGCUCCUGAGAAAGCGCCUGGUCUUGCCUCCUUCUUUCUUUCAACAUUUCUGGCCAGUUGUGGGACAUGGCCUAUAUAUGUUUAUCUUAAAUUGCCUAAAUACUUGUACAUUUCUUGA